AUGGACUCUCGACGUAAUCCAGUAGCCGAGGUGACUUCGACAGUUUUAUACAACCUGCAAUAUCAGCAUGAUUGGGCCUCCCUCGACGUUCAUGAAACAACAACUCACCGGCCUUUGAUCAGAGGCCUGCCACCGCGCCGGCUCUACAUCCACCCUGACGACCAGAUUGCUGCCCUGGAACGUGAGAAGACUACAGGCGAACCCUUGGAUCAGACUCCGGAGCUUGAAUGGGUGCUAGCAGUGCAUCCUGAGGAAAAAUGGACCAUCAAAGCGUUCUCUAAUGUCUUCGAUUCUAUCGAGCACAAAGGCCCACGAGAGAAGCGACUUGUUCUGGCAACAGUGCAUAAUGACUCUACAGUUGUUUAUUAUUUGAUGCACGAGGGCAUGGUCAAGCCUCGACAAAACUAA